CUGCGGCGCGGCCUGGGCGAUAUUUAAAGUGAGAGAGAGGGCCUCACCUUGCGGUCGACUGAACUGAAGCUACGCGAGUACUACUACUAGUAGUACCUUCCUUUCCGCGGUCGCUAGUUACGGUCUCCGAAAUUAAGAACAGAAAAAAACGGGGAUGAAGUGGAUAGACACGAUACACUCGCGGAUCGACGCCCUCCGCGCGCGGCACUCGGAGGGCCGCGUGGGCGAGUGGGCGCGCAAGAUCCGGCCGUACCUGCCGCCGGUCAACUUCAUCACGGUGCACUACGCCUACUUCAUCCUGUCCUGCCUCUUCUUCGCGCUGGUGUUCUGGGGCACGGGGUCGUCGGCCAGCGUGGAGAUCGGCUUCCUCGACAGCCUGUACCUGAGCAUGUCGGCGCUGACGUCGACGGGGUUGAACACGGUGAACGUCAGCCAGAUGUCGACCGGCCAGCAGGUCGUGCUGUUUCUCGCCAUGCUGCUCGGCCACCCGGUGCUGAUCUCGCUCUGGACCGUGCUCUUCCGGCGGCACGUGUUUGAGAAGCGGUUUCGGGCCAUCGUCCGGGCCGAGCGCGAGCGCAAGCUGCGGGCCGCAGGGUCCAAAUCGUCGCUGGGGCUGUCGUCGGGCAUCGCAGACCUGCUGGCGCUGGCACGGCUGCGGUCGCGGAGCAAGGCCAAGAGCGACGACGAGCUGCCGGGCGUGGGCACGCGCAUCCACGAGCCGCCGCAACAGCCGCAGCUUCUUGCGCGCGCCACGGCGCCGCCGCAGAUCCUCACCGACGACCGCGAACUCGAGGCCGGCCUCGCUCCGAUCCAGGAAGGCCGCGCUCUGCCCCAGACGCCGGGCCAUCGGAGCAUCGCUUUCGUGGAGCCGCCGCGCAGCAAGACGGACAACAACAACAACAAUCCUAACAAUGACAACAACAUGGGAGGCAUUGCGCUCCGCAACUUCCUCGAGGAGAAGCGCAAGCACGUCGGGCGCAACGGCGAGUUCUUUAACCUGACGCUGAAGGAGCGCGAGUACCUGGGUGGGGUCGAGUACCGGGCGAUCGAGGUGCUGGUGGUGACGGUGGCCAUGUACUACGUGCUGUGGCCGCUGCUCGGGGCCGUGGCGCUGGGGGCCUGGAUCGCGGUGCGCUCGCCCGAGAUCGCUGCUGUGAACGCGCAGAACCCGUGGUGGGCCGGCAUUUUCCUGGCCGUGUCGGCGUUUACGAACGGCGGCAUGACGCUGCUGGACGCCGGCAUGACGGCCUUCCAGUCGGGCUACUACUUCGUGGUGCUCGUCACGGCGGUGCUGAUCCUGGCGGGCAGCCAGGCGUCGCCCAUCUUUCUGCGGUUCAUCUUCUGGGUGCUGUCCAAGCUGCUCAAGUUCAGCACAAAGGACGACAACUACGCCGUGUGGAAGGAGACCUUCGACUUCAUUCUGCAGUACCCGCGCCGCGUCUACAUCAACAUGUUCCCCGCCCGGCCGACCUGGAUGUUAACCAUCUGGCUGGGCGGGUUCCUGGUGGUCGACUGGGCCAUGUUCUACCUGCUCAACAUCGGCAACAGCGUCAUCGAGAGCAUCCCGCCGGGCCCGCGGGUCGUGGACGGCCUGUUCCAGACUGUGUCCCUCCUAUCCGGCGGCUUCACCGUGGUGCCCAUCUCGGCCGUGUACUUCGGUCUGCAGGUGCUGUGGCUGGUCAAGAUGUACGCCUCGGCCUACCCGACCUCGAUCACGGUGCGCGGGUCCAACGUGUACGAGGAGCGGUCGCUGGGCAUCUACGCCGGCGACGAGCCCGAGGAGAGCGCCGCCGCCGCCACCGCCAGCAGCACCGACAACAGCAACCAAGAAAAGAAAGCCGCCCCCCUCGCCGCCGGCGGGCUGUUCCUCUCCCCGAACCCGGCCUCUGCCAUGCAGCAAACCAUGCCGCAGACGCCCAUGUCCGCCACCUCGCAGGCCUCUCGCCUGUCCAGCAUCUCCAUGGCCUCCCGGCGCGGGCUCGACAAGAUCGUGGGCAUCGGCAAAGAGAGCACGGCAAUCAUCGGCAGACAACUCCAGCGGCGCAUGACCGGCUUCCAGGGCGUGGGCGUGGCCCCCGUGCACCCGCGGCGGCCCCUGAAGAAGGUCAGCCUCCCCACUCCGCGACCGGGCACCACCACGGCCCAGUCCAGUACCCCCGACACGGGGAUUGUCAGCAGCAGCAGCAGCAGCAGCACCGUAUCCGUCGUAACCGUCGAACAAGCACCCACGGGCCCGCAAGACCUGGUGUCGCACCACGUGCGCAGCCAGCUGUCGCACGACGUGUGGUGGAUCGCGCUGGCCUUCUUCCUCAUCACCAUCAUCGAGACGUCGCACACGCUCGCCGACCCGGCCGCCUACAGCCUGUUCAACAUCCUGUUCGAGAUCGUGUCGGCCUACGCCAACAACGGCGUCAGCGUGGGCCUGCCGACCGCGGCUUACUCCUUCAGCGGCGGGUGGCGGGCCGGGUCCAAGUUCGUGCUGAUUCUGGUCAUGCUCCGCGGGCGGCAUCGCGAUUUGCCCGUCGCGCUGGAUCGCGCGGUCAAGUUGCCGAGUAUUGAUCUGGAUGAGAAGGAGGAGGAUGAUGCCGAGAUCAGGAGGGCGAUUAGUAGGACGCCGAAUCUCGGCGGGAUGAGUCCUGUCAUGUCGCCGGGGUUGGUGAGGCCGUUUAAUCCUACUAGUAUGUAAUUACUAGUACGACUACUACUAGUAGUAGUAGUACUGGAUAUUUCCUUUUCCUUUUUUUCUUCUUUCUUUUUACUACUCGGGAAGAGUGUUACUCCCCGCUUUUUCUGAUUGGGUUGUCAAUACUGUCAUACACACACACCUGUACCUAAAUGCUACUAGUACUAAUCUGCUUCCUUUUGUUCUUGCUCGU